GAUCGACGUGUGCUUACCAGGUGGUUAUACGUUCGUGAACAAAAAUGAAAAUUUCAUUGAUAAUAUUAACGUCCAUUUUGAUUUCCUGCAAUGGUUUGCCGUACAGAGAUGAUACGGAAGAGGAUUCUAUUGUUAGCCCUUAUUCUCCAAUAAAUUUGGAAAAAUUAAGGAAGCUUAUGAAAACCGGCAAUGAGACCCUUAAAAUACCAGUUUUGGAUCCCUUCAAGUUAAAACAAUAUGUUUAUCAGAUUAAAGAGGAUCAUAUCGUUGAGGCUCACGGAUUUUUAAGAAACUUAAAGAUCAACGAUUUAUCUACUUUCAAUGUCAUCAAGGCAGACAUCAAUUUGGUCGGUGUUCAAGUUAACAUACAUCUUUCAUGGGAUUCGAUCAAAUUUGUUACCGAUUAUACCUUGAAGGGGACUUUAAUCGAACUUUUAUCGAUUUAUGGAUUCGGCGAUAUCAAAGCAAACGUGAAAGGAUUAGACUUAAACAUGACAAUGAGUUUUUCUGUAAAAGACGACGAAAUAUAUGUACGUAGUUUCGAUUCGGCAAUCAAACUCAAAGGGCUCGACUUCACAAUUACUGGAUUAUUUUACGACAAAGGAAUAUCAAGGAUAGUAAGCUUAAUUGUCUCCGAUAUGACACCGAAAUUGAUUGAUGAUUAUCAAAGUGAAAUAACCAAAAAAUUCAACACUUACGCUACGAAUUUUUUGAAUAAUUUCUUAAAGGGCUUAAAUUUGAUGAGCCUGUCGUUUCUUUCUUCUUAAAUGAAAGCAAAGAAAAAAAGAAAAAAA